GGGAUAAGGAAUUUGCAUUAACUGUGUGGCAAACCAAUCCCAAUGGGUAGGCGCAACCUCAGCAAUGGGUGCGUUAAAAAGGAGAAUGGCCUUGCGAAUAUCAAUGUGAAAGAGGAGGCCAACCAUUCCGCUGUGCGUGUGAAAGGAGAGGCUAACGGUCCAAGUAUUUGUGUGAAAGAGAAGGUCAACAGUGCUCUUGUGCAAGUGAAAGACGAAGCUGGUAAUGGCACUGUAAACGUGGGAAAGGAGGGAAGACGGACCCUGGCCCGUGUGAAAGAAGAGGUUGGUACUGCUGCUGCACGCGUGAAAGAUGAGUCGCCUGAUGCCACUGCACAUGUGAAAGAGGAGGGUGGUAACCCCGCCAUAUCUGCAAAAGAUGAAGACAAUCACGCCACUGUGCAUGUAAGAAGGGACACUAAUCAUGCCACUUUGCCUGUGAGAAGGGAGGGUGAUCAUGACACUGCACAUCUUGUGGAAGGAAGUCGUGGCACUACGAAUGUGCAAGAGCAUGCCAAUUGGCAUGAGGUAGCUGGGAAGAAUGUGGUUAACCUUUUGGACGAAGACGAGGAGAAAGACGCAAAUAUACCUGGAUCACCAUCAAUACACUUGGAUGAAGAGGAUUCCUUUAUGACAGAAAAUGGACUGGACCCAUUGGUUACUGGGCAAAUGGCUGAGGAGGAGAGGCGGCUUAUGGAAGAGAGGGCAAAGGAGGACACAGAGGAGAUGGAGAAGGCUUUGAGAGCGGCUGAUCAGAAUGGGGAUGCAAAGAAUUUCGAUCUUCUAGAUGUACUUUUAAACAAGACACAGAUUUAUUCCAAGUUCCUGCUGGAACGCAUGGAGGACAUUAAGCUUGACGCGAAGGAAGAGCAUGUCGAGGAAGCAAAUGGCAAACCACAAAGGGGGAGAAAGAGAAAGGCGGGUUCAACAGCUGGACAGGCAGCUGCACGGAAGAAGGCAAACACUGCAAAUGCCAGUUCUGUGGCCCAGGCAAAGCUGCAGAACGCGAUCGCCGAGUCUAAUGGUGCAUCAACCAAGUGCGGUCCCCAUGUGGAGGAAGAUGAAGCAGUGCGGCUGGAGGAACAGAAGCUUUUGACCCCACUUCUGACAGGCGGGAUUCUGAAAUCGUAUCAGCUGAAGGGUGUCAAAUGGUUGGUUUCGCUUUGGCAGAAUGGGCUCAAUGGGAUCCUUGCGGAUCAAAUGGGCUUGGGGAAAACAGUGCAAUGCAUCGGGUUUCUCUGCCAUCUUCGAGGGAAGGGCAUCCAUGGUCCAUUCUUGGUUUGCGGCCCUUUAUCGACCCUCUCAAACUGGGUCAAUGAAAUUAAGAGGUUUGCGCCAACUAUUCCUUGCAUACUGUAUCAUGGAAGCAAGGAGGAGAGAGCAGCUCUUCGUGAGAAAUACAUGCCAGCAAAAGUGACAGAGGAUUUCCCUGUUGUGGUCACAUCAUAUGAAAUUGUUAUGAAUGACAGGAAGUACCUGCAAAGACACGUAUGGAAAUACAUCGUUGUAGAUGAGGUUGGAUUGUUGAUUCUCUGAAGAACCUGCUGACCUUUUACUGCAUGCUGCCAUGGAGGUUUGCAUUUGCUUGAAAAACAUUGUGUAUUUGUGCUGCAGUCGAGUUCUUUUGCAGCUGUGUCAUUUUGAUGUGAGCAGGCGAUCCUUAAAUGCCCAUUCAGUUCACUACCAUCUCCCGCCAAACAUAAAGCAUAUGCAUUGUGUUCGAGUUUUCAAAAAAAAUCGAUGAGUCAAAUAGAAUGCAUAUGCGGUGUAUUCGAAUUUAAGGGCUGUUCGAAUAGAACUCGUACGCGUUCUAUUCGAUUAGAAGCAGCCUAUGCG